CCCGGCCCCGCUCGGGGCGGGAUUUGCCAACUUUUCGAGGCGGUGGCGGCGGCGACGUGGGGGCCCGGUCGGUCGCCGGCAUGAGCCCUGCGGCGGGGCUGGGGGGCGGCAGCGCCGGGCGAGCGCCCCUCGCCGCCGCGCCGGACCGCCAUGGCCAAGGAGCGGCCGCUGUGGCGGGGCGCCGCUUUCCGCCUCUGCCUGCUCUCGGCCGCGCUCUUCCUCUGCCUCCAGCUGGGCAUGAGGCGCUCGUGGUGCCCCGAGGAAAAGGCGGCGGCGGCGGCGGGGCGGGCUUCCCCCUCGGCCCGCGGCUCGGAGCCGCCCCCGGCGGCGGCGAUGGCGGCAGCGGGCCGGCGGCGGGUGACCUACGUGCGGAGCGGCCGGCGGGGGAGCGCCGAGCCCGGCUGCUGCCCCCUGCAGCCCCCGGGCGGCCGCCGCAGGAAGGCUAUAAGAUGGCACAUUGAUCUACAACCAUGGGCAAGUCCAACUCCUUCGCUGAACUAUGAGGCCUUGAGGUUCCUGAAGUACAUAAGCACUUCGCAGAUUUCAUGCGAACACAUGAACCUGAACAGCCUGACGGGGCACUCUGAAACUACCAAGAAGCCCUGGUCAAUCUGUCUGGAUGAGAGGUUUAGCCUUAUUCAUCGAAUCAGAAACAAGCAGUGCCGUCUCUAUUCGCUUGGGCUGGGCAAUGAUGACAACCAGUUUGAGGUGAACAUGGCUAACAGUGGAUGUGAAGUGCAUCGCUUUGAUCCCAGCAUCAAGUUGGCGCACAUUCAGGAGGGACGGCACCUCUGGUAUCAUCGCCUGUCCAUUGACUGGAGGGAUCCCAAUCCGGCUAUUGCUGCUCACAAACUUCACAGCAACACGAAGAAGCUCGGCACAAUAUUGAAUGAAUUUGGGCAUCAGAAGAUUGAUGUCCUCAAGGCAGAUGUGGAGAGUGCUGAGUGGAAAAUUUUGGAAAACCUGAUUCUGGAAGAUGUUGUUGAGCGGAUAGGACAGCUGGUUUUUGAGGUGCACAUCCACUGGCCUGGAUUUGAGGUCAGUGGCAAUGACAGCACUGUGGUGCGGUACUGGUACAGUCUGCUCCGAGAACUGGAGCUGAAGGACUUCAGGCUUUUCCAUACCUACAAAGACUUAUCAAAACCACAGAUGUUUCUGAAAAAGGAAGCCUUCAAUGCCAGUAGCUGUUACACACUGAGCUGGGUAAAUACAAGAUGGAAAUAGCAGAAAGGAAUUUAUGAUGUGCGACUGUGAGCCAUCUGGCCCAGCAGCAUUACUGAAGAGGACUUCGGAGUCAGUGGCUAAAGUUGCUAAAUAUGCAUACAGAGGUUGCUAACAAAAUGGACUGGCUUUUAUUCUUAAGCGUUGUCAAAAGAACUGGUAUUGGGAGAAGAUAGGUGUUGCAAAACUUUUUGUAUAGCAAUGCAUUUGACAGUGGGAACACUUUCUUAGAGGACAGGGGCAUUCUGUAAAGGUUUAUCUGAGUCAGCUAACAAUGGCUUUCCAAACCUGCACUGUGCCUGUGCGUUGGCUCCUGUCUCCCCCGAGCAGAGAGGAGAUUCCUCUCACUCUGCCUCCGAAAGCUCUGCUCUGUGAGCUGAACCUGCCUUAAUGCAGCACAUGCUGGCAUCUGGUUUUAAAAAUGCUCAUGAGUAAGCUCCUUUCUCAGAAAUGGUCAGGUGUUACAUUUCCAUAAAAUGAUCGUGCUUUGACUUGCACCUUCUUUAUUUUGACCUUGUUUCCUAUGGAACAAAUUUUAGGCAAAAACAGUAUGUUCCUACCGACUCUUGAACUUACUGGCAAAUUUCCGCUGAAUUUGGCAGAGGUAGAUAUCACCACCAAAGUCCUACAUAUUUCAUUAAGUUAUUUUGUUGAGCAGCUUCUAGUGCUCUGACUUCAGAUCGUAAAGGCACUCUAACUGCAGGAAGUGAGUUCAGUGCUUCGCACACACAAGGCAGUGGGACACUGAUACCCACCUGCAGGAAGAGCUGCCAUCAGAGCUCCCCCUCCUUAGCCACCAGAGAACUGAGCCACAGAAAACCAGGCUUCAGUAGUUCAUCUGCUUAUGGAACUGCUUCUUUUAAAUUACUCUUGCAAUGGCUGCAGCAAGCGAUUUUUCUUCUAGUGAAAUAAUUAUUUAAAAGAGCUGUGAAAGCUGGGCUUUUUUGUUUGGUGGGUUUAGAGUUUAGUUGAAUGUUUAGCAGUGUGCCUUAUCCAGUGCUGCCUCUGGAUGCCUGCUAGCUCCUCACCACGCAACUUCCUUGGCUCAGGUUGUCUCUCUCUAACACAAGGAGGCCACAUCCUGGCGUCUGUGCCUAUGGCUAUAGAGGUGAAGGCCACCUGCUUUCAUAGACCCAAGAGGGUGCCCUGUGCAGACUUGCUGGGGCACUGCAAGUCAGUAUGUGGGUAAUGUGCAAUGCAAUAUAGAAGCCAGGCUUGGCCAUUCCCUGAGAAGGUAGGGAAUGGGGGAGCUGAAAAGUACAUAGCAGGAUCUUUUUUUAUUUUUAAAGAAUUUUGACAUUAAACUUUGCAUUAAAAUACCAGAUCUCACCAUUUCCACAUCUUCGAUACAUGCACUUUGUAACUUCCUUUGGUUUCCAUCUUCUGCAGGGCUCAGUGUUCCUCCCCUUGGUGUUCCUCAAUUCAGUGCUGGGUUUCUAACAAGUUUCUCUCUUUCUCUGUCCCUGCAUUAUUCCUCCUCUUUUAAACCUGGGAUUUCCUUCCUUCCCUUCUUUCAUACUCUUUUUUUCCUCUUUCAUGCUCUCCACUGCUGCAGCUGCCUGAUCCUCUCCUUCCCUGAGCAGAGCCCUGCAUUAUAUCCAGCAUGCCCACAGGGUCUCAGCAAGCAGGCAGAGGGGAAAAAAGGGCAGGAGCUUUCCUUUCCAGCCAGAUGAGUCAGAUUUCUCCAGAGCUGUUGCUUUUCCACACAAAUACAUCAAGCCAUUCUCCCUGUGCUUUGCCCUCAGGCAAGGCAUCUUCUCCUCUCCCACCUUGCUGAGGGCUUCUGAUACCCCAGGGCCGGCGGAGACCUCUGUCCCCAGCAGAAACCACUCCAGCCCUUUGUCUCAGCUCUCUUUGUCCCAGAAGAGACCAGCAGGCAGGUGACCCUGCUAUUUCAUGAACCAUAGAAUUUCUGUGGCACCUUUUCUGGGCUGGGCUUGAAAGGCAGCCCAUCUGCCCAGGUCAAAUGUAGUGGAGCAUUUGGAGACUCGAUGUCACGUCCCAACAUACAAAGCUCAACCACAAGGGAGCCGGGCAAAAGCAAUAUUCAGCAGUAUAGAAGACUGAGCAAGCCCAUGUUUUCUGUGUGAAGAAUUUUACUGUUGCCUUCCAAAGAAGGACUUUGGGUUAGCAAAGCCACAACAAUGGUUAUGCCAAGUAAAAAAACAAUUAAACACUCUUACCUUUACUGUUAAAGAUGUGGAGAGUAUCCACAGAGGAUAGGAGAGCCCUCUGCGAGAAGCGCCUUGUUAUCCUCAUCUGGCAGCUACCGGAGAGUCCAAGGUCGGCGAGGAAGCCGUCGUUCGCCUUGUACCACUUCCCGCGAGUGCCAACCAGGAAGCCCAAGAACUCCACUUCUCCAGCUUUUGUCAAUUCUUUCACUUGCUCCACAAGAUAUUGGUAUUUUUCAUAAUUUCUCCGCCGCUGCAUCAUCUAGAGAUGACAAUCCACUUUCAUAGCGAACUGUAGCGUCCACUACUUUCGCCCGGAAUCCUUUAACCACUACCAAAUCUGGCUUAAAAAGUUCAUUGUUGUCAUCCCUGAGGUUGGGCUCUAAAUAAACCUCCCACCCGUCUGUUAGCCUCUUCAGCCAGCAUGCCACAUAAGAUGUUAUGCCUCUUGAUCUGGGCGUCCUGGACUACAGGGCAGUAUCCGAUUAUGUGAGCAAGACUCCCAUUCUGUGGGACAAUGCCUCCGCCUCUUUCAUGCCCCUUCUCCCAGCCCGUGUGCCAAAUACACUCUAGUGGGAUAGACAUUGGCACGCAGUGGUAUUGCUGUUAAUAAUCUCCUGUGAGGAAUGCCCCGGUAACGUACAAGCCAACCAUUACUGAUGUUAUCAUUUUCAAAGUUCUUAAUGCCAUGCCCUUGCGCUUUUAGAUUGACCCAAUUCUCUAGCUCUCUUUUUCUCCACUUGCUAGGAAUAAGGUAGAUUACCCAGGGAGCUGGAAUUUCCCAUUCAGAUGCCAACUCGCCUCCUUCCAGUACAGUGGGAAUUGCGAUGGGGAGUUCCUCCCCUAUUGAUGAUAUUUUAUCUGCUCUACCUCCUGCGGUGAUCCACACCCUCUCAAACUCCUUCUGGAUCCCUUCUUUGAGAACAGUAGCUCUCAUGAUGUUAUCGGAGGAUUGAGCAAUUCGGUGCAGCCACCGAGCCUGAAUAUUAGGAAUUUGGCUCACCAGCCAUGCAAUUCCAAGACCGCCAUCUUUGGUGCUGGUGUAUAGGAUGGCAUCGCACGUGCUGGAAGGUAGGUGAAGCCAGCCCUUCACUGCCGUUCUUAUGGCAAGGUCCAUGGAAUGGAGGUAUGAGGCAUUCACACCAGCAUGAUCUGCAGCAUACAGCAACCAUGGGACUGCAUACAUUUUCAACAUUUCUACCUUUUGAAGUGGCUUUAAUGGGGCCUCCCCAAUGUUCUUCACCCACGUGCACAGCUUUUUUCGUAGCUCUGGUCUGGAGAGACCAAUCCAUGGGUCAACUCCCAGGCCCAAAUAUUUCUCAGAGCUACCAGGCUCAAUCAUAUUUAAUUGAGCCCCAUCAAUCUUCCAUGGGUCACAGUUGUUAAUUGUAUAAGAGUCUUUUGUGGGCAUGAUAAAAAACCCAUGGCACUUCGCAGAUUGUUCUACAUUCUUUGAUUCCAUCAGGGAUCUUCCUGGCCAAAAGCCAUAGGUUGAACAAUUCGGCUAACUGGCUGCCCUGAGGGUCUUUCUUUAAAACAUCCCUCAGGCUCAAGCCAUCAGGCCCAGGGACUGAGUUUUUAAUCAUCUUGGCCAUGUUCUUCUGGACUUCCGCGGGGAGAUCUUUUCCUUGAAUGUAGAACUGUCCGCUGCUCCAGCACUGUGGAAAGCACCCAAACCGAGAAAGGGGCUGCCUUCUUCCCACUUCUUUCUGAACGAGCCAUAAAGCUUGUCCAUCGGAAGGGGGCACUUCAGUGCCUCGAUGUUAUCGAAGAUGACACCAGCCAGCUUGCGAUCUACUUCAAAGAGCUGCUGGUACCUCAAGUAUUGGCCCCAUUUCACUGCCCUGAUGUUCAUCCACCUCCUCUCUACCUUCUCAGGCACAGGUGCAGCUUGGUGCUUCCUUAGUUGUUUCAUUUUGGCUGUUACGGCAUGUCCCGCCAGCUGUGACAGCCACUCCUCUGAUGACACAUUGAUGACAUUUUGGGUGUCUUUGACAUCCUCGAGGACCUCCUCAAAAGCAACCUUCUGACUGGAGGAGAGGGUUCCCACUCGUAUUCUUUCUGCUGUACUAUAUUCCAUCUUUAUAAUCUCUAUUCUCUCCCGUUCAGCCAGUUUGUCCCCUUCACGCUGGUGUUCUGCUCUCUUUGGCGAUGCUGAUGCCUAUGCACCUGCCGUGAGCUGGUGUCUUUCGUCGCUGAUCUGCUUCGCCGCUUUCGUGGGAAAAUGCUCCCCGAUGAGCUUAUUCGCAAAGCGCUCAUUCUUAUGCUUCUUCUCUAGCUAUCAAUAGCGCCAUCUCCUCUUCAGACCAGCAGCCCUUAUGCAUACCUCGCAGUCCCUUUGCCUUUGGAUGAGACGACUCAAUCCAUUCCUUGUUUCUAAGUUGUGGGUGCACGAGUCUUUUGUGCUGAGAGAGCCCACUUUUGGUCUUAAACUCACGGCUGCAUUCCUCACAUCGGGAAUCCACUGAGGCCCUCCGAAGCUGCUUCUUCAGGUUCAACUGGAGCUCCCUGGCAACUUGGGAAGUGGCACGCUAUACUAUGAUGUUUCUCAGUCCUCCCACAAUGGGAGCACUGAUAAAGGAUUCGUCACCAACCAUGGGCCCUUUGGAGAUGAUCAAUUAAAGCCGCCGUUCUCCCCAUCCUGACACCACAGCAUGGGCAUGCUGGAUGUUCAUCAGAGACCUUCACGACCGGCGUGCUCACGUCAGUCGUUUCCCCCCCGGUGUCAAGGAUGGGAAUAAUCACAUCCGAUGGAAAAAUUGCGGGCCCAGAGGGAGAUACCGGCACACUGUCUACCAUGUCCUCCUCCAGUGCUUCUUCAACCCCAGUCAUUGGAGGUGAUCUGACAGGUGCCAGCACCUCAUAAACCUCAGGGAGAUCUUUAAUGCAAUUGUGAGGUGAUUCGGGACAAAUCCCUCCCCAACUGACAAAGUCCUAAUUAUAAAAUAUCAAAUUUGGGAAAGGUUGGACCACCUACUCAGUUGUUACCGCCACUGGGAUAUCCCCUGUGACAUCACAGGGAAAUUGACCUGUCUGGGUGGCCACUGAGACAAUAUUGGCAACCCGUGAUUUUACUAGGUUGUUCAUCGUGUCUGCGGGGGUUUGAGAUAUAACCAGAAGAACCAGCCCCUAAGUUCAACUGGUAUGGCUUUAGUCAGCCCUUAGGCAAAGGGCUUUGGACACACGAAUACCAAGAUAAUUCAUGGUCGGAUCAAUUUAGAUUCACCUAGAAUACUACCAAGUGGUCGGUGAAGCCAGUCGAUAGGGAGGAAGUAACUAUAAUUCCAUGCACAUUGGGGCAGAGGCUUAGUUACCCAGAAAUGGGCAUCCAGCAGGACCACAAGGAGAUGUAGCCUCUGCAGCUAAGCCCAGCUAGUAACUAUGGCCCCAUCUUAAGAGAGGCAUAGUUACUCCCAUAGUAAUACUCUUCCUCCUACUUCCCUUGCUCCAUGAGUGCAGGGAACAGCCUGCCUUGACCCCCAGCUCCCUGCUCCCCACCCAGACCUGCAAAGCUCUUUGUGGAACUUGAAACCACUUGAAUGAAGCAGACUAAGUGCUCUUGUUGUCCCAGAGGCCACGGACCGCAGGCUGAUGGGGAAGAGGUAAAAACAUACUCUACUUUGAGGGUGAUUGACUAGGGUGGUGAGGGAGGAGAGUGGAAAUGGAGAAGUUUAAUCUCUUCAGCGAAAGCCAGCUAUGUGCCCUCAUGCAUUCAGAUUGUAUCAGCCUUCUGAAUCACGUUUUAAUUUGUGAUUAGAGGUUCAGUGCUUUCUUGUUUAAAAAAUGCACACUGGUUUUCAAUCUGCUGCCUUCCAGUCACACUGACAGUGCCUUGUUGUGUUGUAUAAAGUCUCUGAUUUACUGCCUUUCUGAUCCCAUUUUCAUUUCCUUUAAAAACAAAUGCGUCUACUCUAGUUACGCCAGGUUAUUGUGAAGGGGAGUUUAAGGGAACUUAACAUGGGUUUCUGCAUAUUAAAUACCUGAGUUAGGGGAAAAAGAGGCUAGUGCAGCCAGACUGGGACUAUUAAUAGGUGAUGACUGCAGCUAUAUCUGUGCUAGUAAAUUAAGCAGUGGCAGGCUGCGUUCACAGGCUCUGGGAAUGGCUACUUGAUUAAAUUAGCAAGCUCCCUGGCACAGUUUUGGCACAGGCCAUCUAGGAGUCUUGCAGACAAAUCCCAGGCAUAGUCUGAGAGUUUGCACAAGCCAAGGACAGCUUGGAUACAGCCACCCUGUUUUGGAAUUGCAGAGGGUUUAACAACAUAGACAUGGCCAGACCGUGAUAGUUUGCCUCAAGGCUCAGCACUGUUUUGUUUUCUAGUAUAAAUGUCGCUCCCGUUUCUGCGCAUCUUGCCUGGAUGGGAGAGCAAGGGGCUUUGCAGUUACCCAGAGUGAAGCCAUGAGAAGACGCACUGCGGGGCACCAGCUCCUCGGCUCGGUGGCACUGAAGAGCAAGAUGACACAUUGCUGUGUUGUUGGGCUCCCUGUGGCUAGAGAUACUGGGAAAAGCGCUUUCCAUGGGGUCAGUGUUGCCAUCAGUGGGCCAGGCAGUACACAACCCGAGAGUACUGCAACCUUUGAAAAGGAGUAGGAAAUACCCUCUUUGGGACAGCCAUGCUUGCCACAAAAUCUUGUACAUGAAGUACUAAGGUAGUUUAAGAACGCAAGGCUAUGAAGGGUUUCAUUAAAAUGCAAGGGAGAGUGCCACAUUUCCUAAACCAAUAUAUAGCUUGUUGGAACAAACACACUUACUCAGAGAAUGGCUGAAUAUCCAUUUCUCAAAAAGAAAAAGAGGGGGAUGCCAAAAGCCCAGGUGCAAGUCAUGAUUUAUUAACAGAGCAUAAAAAUAUAGUCUUUAGCACUGCACAGGUUUUUCCUCGUGAUUAGCCUUAGAAUAACUACACUGUAGCUUACUAUCGUUUGUUUCACGCUGGUACUUUAAGAAGUAGAUAGAGGUUAAAAAAUGAACGAUGUGCUCACUUUCAAAUGUUAAAAUUCCAAAGGGAGGCAGAUGUUUCAUCAUUUAUUACUCUGAAGAAAAAAGCAGUGAUAUAUAUGUAAAUUAUAGAAGUGGACUGAAGCUCUAUCCUGAUUCUUCCUUGCCUGAGAUUUACAGUUUAGCACGUGCUGAGCUAAUCUCUUGCUUAGGAUUGCUAAGUAGUGUCAGCAACAGUUUAGGCCCUGGUAAAUAUAUCUGCUGCAAGGAGCGUUUCCAAUAACUAUGGUAAUUUUUAAAGAAACCUUAUCUAAGAUACAGCCUGGAUAAAAGCCAUUUAUUAUUUUGGAGGUAGUUAUAUGAUAUUAUGGGAGAAGAGGAACAGCUCUUAUUUUAUGCACUAGCUGUACCUUUCUACUUAAAGUCUCUCAAGGCAGAGUUAUAGCCGUCCUUUCUGAGCUCUUGCUUUUGUGUCCCUACCCCAUCUGUUUAACUGACCUCUUUUACCUAAAGGAGCAAAUCUUAAAUGUAUCCACUUCCCAUCUUUCCCAACGCUUAAUGCCUGGACCAUAUUUAAAAGAAAUUUGGUUGCCAUCGUUGUCUGUGGAACGAUCACAAGGGAGAACCUGUCCAAAUCCAGUUGUCAUUCCUCACCCCAUGUCAGUUCCCCCAUUAUAGCCACAGCCUGGAGACCAGUUAGGGUGUGGCCAUUCCUGGGCAGGAAGCAGGGGCUGCUAGUUGGUGCCGGCAUUGCCCUGAACACCCAGUGCGGGCGACAUCGAGCACUUUCUGUGGCCAAUGCACUAAAGCCUUUUCCUCUUUCUUGUUGGGUGGAGAGAUGAACCCCAACAGCCCUGCUGCAGGUGGCUCAGCCUUGAGCAUCUAAGGAGGAAAAUCAGCCUUGUACCUCAAGCUGCUCCUGCCACAAGCAGCCCAGGAAGGGGCCUGCACCAAAGUGGAGCUGGAGCACCAAGGCCAAAUCAGCCCAAGUCAUCAGGUGUCAGCUAGCCAACCUGCAUCUCUGGCCUUAUCUGCCAGCAACUCGCUCAGCAAUACGCUUCCACAAGACCCUAAGCUGUAUUUCUGUAGUGCUCCUCAGGAUCUGCUCAGUUUCACAGUUAUGUGUCUUUCCUGGCCCUGCACUCUUCAGAGGCUUCUGGCCCUCGGUUCCCAAGUGUAUUGGGCAUCUCCUGGAGGUCUCUGCCUGCAGGCAUCUGCAUCAGUUCUCCAGAGCUGCCAGCCCACUGCCUCCCUCCUGGCUCUGGGUGAAACCUUGUCCACCUUGAGGUAACUGCUGAGCCUUGAAAUCAAAUUUUUGAGGCUACUCAAUUCCUCUCCUAUAUCUCUGGGCUGGCUGCAAUGGCAAGGGUGUUGUUCUGCUGCUUGUUGCGCCAACUGAUGAGUUUUUUUAUAAGAUAGCAGACUCCCAAUAUCCUCUGCAUCUGGCCCAAAAGGGAGUCGGCAUUCCCAAACCCUGCAUGUUCCUGCCCAGUGAGCUGAAGUCACUUGUGACCCCCAGCUACCCAGGUUUGACAGGUUGCUGGAGGCAGCUGGCUCUGGCUCGGGCUCAUCUCUCGCUAGGCUGUCCCAGAGCAACGCACGUGUCCUCUGCCUUGAGGUUCUUGUUCCUUCCUUGGUCAUUGCUUGAUGAAGUUUACUUGGAGCAAACCCAGUAGGCCUGUCCCUCCUGUGCCAGGUUGGCUGCAUCCCACCCAGCAUGGGAGCCACCUCCUUGCCUUCAUUUUGUUUUUAUUCUGGUAAGCAUUUUUAUCCUAAGCCUUCCCUGGUAAGACAGGGCAACAAGGCUGUGUGAUGGUUUGAACUGGCCCCUUCUGGCACCCUGACCUGACUGCCACAGGGAGGGGAGAGCGGCAUCCUACCUCACUGUCCCCUUGGGCCAAGCUGGUCCCUGCCCUACUGCAGAACAACUGAAGAACAUGUCUUGCUUGGCUCCUACAAAGGGACAGAAGUGAGUGUGUGUUACCUGUCUGGUAUUAGGUAUAUGAGAAAAAAAAAAGGGAUCUUGUUUAUAAACUGGGUUGAUCAUGCAUGGUGGCCACUGCUAGUUCCAAUCCCAGCUAGCGAGGACAUAAUGAACAGGUCUCUUCCCUUAAGCGGGAGUUGUUACUGCGUUAGUUUGAUAUUUCAGCUCAUUCUAAAAUGAAUCCUUGCAGAGAUGAUCUGCGUGUGGUGGCAGUAUUAUUUGCAUAGAUCCUUCCUGAUGCUUUUGUGGGAGCUGGACUAUUUACCUUUCAGAGAGGCCCACCGUAAUUUAUAAAACACAAAUUACUGAUUUGGAAUUUACAGUUGUUAUUAGACAGUGACAUGGUAAAAACGAGGCGCAGAGAUACAUUUUAAUCCCCCAAACUAACACUGUUAAGACCUGAUACUGCAACAUUAGCCUUCCCCAGAGAAUCAGUUGCAGCACUGAGGGGCACAUGUUAGGAUGCUAACACAGAGAAAGCGGUUCCUUUUCUGAAUGACAGAUUGGUUUCUUUGGAGGUCUCAAAAUUUGACCAAAAAAGAUAAGAGCCUUUCUGACUUCUUGUCCCACUCCAGAACCUCAAGUUUAUUGCAUGCAAUUAUGGACCCAGUCUUUGAUCGCAUCUGUGAAUUGUGAUCUUCACUUGCAGGAGGGACACCUCUCAGUCUGUGAAAGAUCAAAGAAAGCAUAAAAGAAACAUAUGCCUGGCUUUUCUUGGCAUAUGCCAACAAGACAUAUCACCUAGUAGCACACCUGAAGAAAAAGCACUCAUUCUUUCUGGUAAAUUAUUCAACAGCUGAGACCAUCUGUUUUAUUCAAAAACUUGGAUUUUGUGAGCUUCAUUAGAUGCUCCCUUGCCCUUGAAAGGAUCCUCAGGGUUAUUUAGUAGGAAAUCACUCUUGAGUUCCUCCUGCUUGUUAACACAAUAUGACAUUUAAUUGCAGUCAGUAUAAACCUGUUUCAGUGAUGGCGAAAAUUCAGAGCUGACCUACAUUCAGAGAGAUUUUUCUGCUUCUCUCCCUCCGCUGGCUUGUGUGGGCAGUAUCUGGAGAAAAAGCCUGGCACCUGAGAACUACCCAGGAUAAUGAACAGAUCUUAUUCCUCGAACAGAAUCACUGUUGAUAAAAGUAAUUUCACAUGUCUCUUGUAAAGUGUUACAGCUGGUUCAGGAACAAAUCUUUGCAGGGAUUUCUUCUGGUGGACAGGACAUCGCAGAAUGAGGAAACUGGAACCCGUUUUGCUGCACAGAAACAACAAUCUCAAUGUUAGUAAGAAUCAAACUUCCCUACUCUUUUCAGUGAAUUGGCACCAAGCACACAUUUUUCAGCAGUUUCCUGAAAUAAAGCUGUGUGGUAUACACAGUACGAAGCUUUCGGAAAUAAUUAAAGUGAUCCUGUGCCUCUGCUGAUAUUUGCCCCCCAUCUUUGAAAUCCAUUUCUGAAUCCAAAUCAACCAAUGUGCAUCCCACUCUUGAACCUAGCUUCAGGUAUCCACAACAGAGCCACCACCCUGCGUGCCCUGUCUAGUUGUUAUGGGAAAGUGAGCACCCAAUGGGAGGAUGGUCAUCGGACCCGUUCACAUGUCUACUUUAAUACAACAGUGAUCGGGCCCUAGGAGUACCCGUGUCUCUCCGCUAACACUAGUGAGGAGCAGUUGAGAUGCAGGUGCUUGGAGUUUGCUUGACAACUCUACUCUCCUCUCCCAAACUGACUUCCCAGGCAGGAGAGGCAUUGAAAUGCCUUAUUGUACCUCUUUGUGCAAGAUGUCCAGGAAAGGCUGGAAUAGAAGAGUUUUGAACCUUAGAAAAUAUUAUCCCAUAAUAUUUUCCCAUUAUAUUCCCAAAUAAAACCCCAUCUGUUUUUUUUAAUAUUGAAAGGAAUAUGACAAAAAGCAAACAAAAACAACAUCUGCACCCCAAGCCCACUAGCAUUCAAUAAGGAUAAGUACCAAGGGAGAGAAACAGAGGAGUUUGCUACAGAGAAAUUGUUCCAGCAAAACUCAGCAUGCCUUGGAAAACUCGGGGGAAGAGGCCUUGCUUAUUUUUACUGUAGAUGGUUUGCCUGACAACUGACUUCAUUCAGAAUACAACUUCCUUCUUCAUCUCCUGAGCAAAUAGUAUUUGGAAAAGAUCAUGUUUUACAGGGUAUAUAUGGAGGAACUGAAGGAAAAAUACUGUAUAAGGAUGCAGAAGCAAAAUAAAAACUUCUCUAAAGCUAACUAGCCUGUGUGAAUCACAUCUGCAUAAGAAAAUUGCUCUGCUGUACGCUAACGUAUGACGUUGUUACAGCUAUUCUAGCACAGUUCAUUUUUGGUUUGUUUUAUGUUGCUUUACAAGAGUUUAAGCUCUGCCGAAAACCACUUAUUCCACAAUAAAAGUGUUUAGCUGGUGAGUUAUGGCAGCACACCAACUGCAGGGUAAUUAUGCUAGGAGAACUGGAAAGGUUUGCAGCUCCCAGAAACAUGCCUGCUUAACUGCCAAUGGUCUUGAAGCUUCAUAAAGUUUGUAUCACUGAAAUUACUCCCUAGAGGACUUGUGGUGUUCUCUUCCUCUCCAAAUCAGGGGCGAUGCAGGCUCAGUUAGUCUUGACAUGCUUUAGACUAAGUGAACACAAUCAAGGACAAAUCAUAACCUCUUACUCUGGAUGACAAACCCAAUGUAUCUGCAGUAACAUUUGAUUUCAGCAGUCUCUCAAUAGCCUAAAGGGCAGCAAGUUAAAAGGAGACUCAGGAAAGCUCAAUGCUUUAAUAUUUUAAAAGGCCUACCAUAUAACAAGGUAACAAACAGGCUUGAGGUCAAACUUUCAGUGUACCUCACUAAUUUAGAAGUCCAUGCCUGGUUGAAAGUGAUUGGAACUUGUUUCUAAAAGCUUUAAACUCUGCAAGGAGCUUCUGUAAAAAAAACCUGCUUGUGGAAGGGUUACGUUUGAGUGUUGCAAGACAGCCUUGGUGUAUCUGAUCUUACCAGCAAAUCUGACACAAAAAUACACAUUUUACUGCAAGAUACGGGACUUAGACUUUGAGGAUAAGCUAGCAAAGUCAACCUACAGUCCCCAGGUACUCUUCAGAGAAUCAACCUACCUGUCAACAAAUUUCGCUGGCAUAUGGAUAUACCUGUUAAGUCUUUCAGGCAAAUUUCCCCUCCCUCUCCCGCAUUUUCUCCUUUAUACAAACUGCUUGUCAUACAGAUGCUUUUUAGCAAGCAGAAGCAAGGCUUUGUAAUGACCAGCUGGCAGAAAGAAGGAAAGUACAUCGUGUUACUGGGCUGCUGGAUUUGCAAAGCUUACUGUUUAAAUCAGCAUGUGAAGACAUCAGUGUUAAGUGGUGUAUUGAACAUCUGCCUGUUGUUAAAUAUUGGCUUUUUACAAGACAAUCUCAGAAAUUCCUGGAUGUACAGUAAUUUAGAUAUUUGUUCUUCCUAAAGAGGGCAAAGGCUGAGCAACCCCAUCUUACUAGGGACCAUUAUAAACUGUGCAAGACAGAUGCCAAGACCAUCUGCUUCAAGAAAGACAGCCUUCUUACCAGCGAGUUGCAUGAGGAUAUGUGGGAUAUUUCCCCCCCCAAUGAAAUAAAGUCCAAGAAAAAGAUGGCACAAGGCCAAAAGAACUAUCAAGUUUCCAAGGCAGAUCUCCAAGAAUGAUGGAGAUGGUUCUCUAUCAAAUCCCCACUGCGAAAGUAACUGGUAUAAAUAAAAGUGUCAACGUACUGCCACAUCAUCCCUUAAAGUUACAGAUGUAUGAUCAAGGGGAACAAAAUUACAGUGCUGUCAUAGCUACCCUGCACUCUCACCUUCAAGGAUUUCUCCCAGACAGCGUGGCAUGCUUGCCUCCAGCCCUCACAAGAAGCUUCUCGCAGCUUCAAUUACUUCCUUGCAUUCUCUGCCUUAUGCUAGAAGACAAUAAAUUGGGGAAACUCAAAACAUGCUGUUCCCUGUUCUCCAGAAGCUGCUUUUCCCUGUCUGCUCGCACACUAAGUUUGGCCUAGAGGUCUCAGUCUAGGCUUGCUCUGACCAACAUUUGCAAGGGACCAAUUUCUGGUGAAACAUGCAACUGGGAAGAUAAGGGAAUGACACAAUUAGAGUUAAUUAGCCCAAUAAGAAAUCUUUUCCCAGGUGGCUGCUGGAAAGGCAAGUCUAGACUCACACGCUACAGACACGUGCUGUCUAUCCUCAUGCACAGCAAACUAGCUGACAUCGUGAGCUUUAAAGUUCAUAACUUCAAAGCUGACAAGAGGGAAUUACGCUCAUAAAAAUUCCCCCUGCAGGCUUCAGUGCAGAUGUGAGAAAUUCCACAAAAGAUUAACGCAGUGACCAGCAGCGAGGGACAAAGGAUUUUAUCUGAAAGUUUCCAGUGGAAUUUUGAUUCAGGGCUCAUUGCAAACAUUUGAUCCUAAUUCAUUAACUCCAGCAGAAUUUAUUGAGUCAACAUUUCUUGUUUUUCUCCCUCAAAGCAGAAGAGAGAGUUAGUCUAUUACUGCAUUAAUAUACUUACAUGGGGGAAAUAAGUUCCGCUUCAUAGGUGAUAUAUGGAACAACACAGCACCAACUACAGAGCCAAACAUUUUGUGCUGUUACAAUUUACAUGCUUUUACGCAUUUGGAAAAAGAGAUGUUUCUGAUAUGGAAACCAAUAUUUUGUAUCUGCUCUAAUUCUCCCUCCCCUCCCCAAUUCCCAACACUUCCAAGCUGUUAAUAUAUAUCUAAUUAGGAAAUGUAUUUGAAGAAAAAAGUAUUCUAACUUAUUUCAGCCCACUACCUCUUUACGCAGCAUGCAUAUAGGGCACACUACACAGCAGAGCUCAAGACCCAGCUCAAGAAUUAAGUCUUCCCUGUGAAAGAUAAUCACAUGUCAGAAGCUCAUGGUCUGUGACACAGCAGCAACUCAUUCCUACCUACAUUCUUUGAGUCAAGAAAUGAGAACAGCUGCUUAUUUCCCUCCAUAGAGCAGGAGCCUCAGGACACUCCCCCACUCAUCCUCUCACUCGCAAUUUUUGAAGCUUUUCCUAUCUCAGUAUGUAUACAUGGGUGUGAGGCUAGGCAAUGCACGAUUACCAUGACGAGUAUGCUGCAUGUAAAAAUAGCCUAUGAGCUUUUUUGUGGAAACAGACACAAGGUUACCUAGAUGGGAAAGUAAAUGGAAAAUAGAUGUAAAUUUAUCGUAGACACGUGAUGGCAUGAGCAGCCAGUGGAAAAAACAUGAAACUCAGCUUUAGACUAUUGGUUUAAAAUCCAUAAGCUUCAUGUGCACUCACACAUGCCUAACUUUAGCGAGUACUCUUUGAAAGAAUAGAACUGACUUGUUAAUCAGCCUCCAAAAGUUGUAAAGUUUUUUUUUUUUUAAAAAAGGGGGGGGUCCUUCUGUCACCACAAUUUGAGAUUCUUUGCAACUCACCUAUCAAAGUGCCUUAUCUUCCAUCCUACUGCUGAUUAUGGCUAUUACUCCUUUGCCGUUGACUAUAACUAAGGAACAGUGACUGGAUUUUUAGUAAACAACAAUAUAGUGUAAUUCAAAACUCUGAUUAAAGACUGAUCCCGUUGGACAAA